AUGGGUAUCUCUUACAAUGUCUACCUGACCUCCAACAAGAUCUUCGGCUGUAAGACAUGCAAGACCCAUCUUGCGGACUAUAAUGAUAUUGUUAGCCGGAAUUUUCGUGGCCAACAUGGAAAGGCCUAUCUCUUCAAUACUGUCGUUAACGUUACCGAGUCGGAUGCCGUAGAGCGCAGCAUGACCACCGGUCGACACGUCGUACGCGAUAUCGCUUGCCGACAAUGCAAAGAAACGGUAGGGUGGAAAUAUGACAAGGCAUACGAGACUAGCGAGAAAUAUAAAGAGGGAAAGUUCAUCCUUGAGGAAGAACUACUCUGCAUAUCCCGUACUCUAGCAAGCGUCAAGCCAUUGGUCCUCCCAGUCAUCCCUCCCCAGCAAUCGAAAAUGGCCCCUUCUACCUCGACCCAGGGCACCAUGCAAGCAGUGGUGUUCAAAGAGCCCUUCAAGGUGGCAGUUGAGCAGCGACCAAUCCCUACUGUACAAGAUCCGGAGGAUAUUGUCAUUAAGGUGGGCUAUACCGCGCUCUGUGGCAGUGACUUGCAUGUGUACCGUGGCAUCGAGCCUAGCCCUCCGGGUCCUAUUAUGGGCCACGAAUUCACGGGUGAGAUUGUUGAAGUUGGUAGCGCAGUCAAGACGUUGCAGAAGGGUGACCGUGUCGUCAGUGCUUUUACUACCUCCUGUGGAAAAUGCUUUUACUGCAAACAAGGACUCUCUUCGCGGUGCGAAAAAAACACUUUGUUUGGAUGCGAGCAUCUUGACGGUGGCCAGGCUCAAUACGUCCGUGUUCCGAAUGCCGAGGGCACCGUAAUCAAGACCCCCGAGGGCGUUGAUGACAAGUAUCUCGUGCUGAUGGGUGAUAUCUUCCCCACGGGAUACUUUGCCGCCAGCAAUGCCUUUAAGAACUCGACUCCCGAGCAAAUCGCUGAACAGACCGUUGUUGUGAUCGGCUGCGGCCCUGUUGGCCUCUGUGCCGUCAUCAAUGCACUGGAGUUCAAGCCCAAGCAUGUUCUGGCCGUGGACUCGGUUCCCUCAAGACUCGAUCUCGCCAAGUCGCUGGGUGCCGAGCCAUGGAACUUUAUGACUGACCGCGAAGGUCUGGACAAGCGCGUGAAGGAGCUUACCAACGGCCGGGGUGCCGAUGCUGUCAUUGAGGUUGUUGGACUGAGUCCCGCGCUGCGCACUGCCUACGACCUGUUGCGGCCAUUCGGCACCAUCAGCAGUGUUGGAGUUCAUAAUGCAGAGAUUCCUUGGGAUGGCAAUGAUGCCUACGGGAAAAACCUCACUGUCCAGAUGGGUCGUUGCCCUGUCCGGUCGGUCUCCGACAAGGCCUUGGAGGUUCUGAAGAAGAACCAGCAUAAGCUUGGAUUCAUGGCCGAGCAUAUCAUGCCUCUUUCGCAAGCCGUUGAGGCGUAUGAGCUAUUUAAUGCGAUGAAGGUGCAAAAGGUGAUUUUUGUGGCGGACCAGUAA